AUGGAGCCCGGCGCGGCCCCCGACCUCCGCGACGUCGAGCAGAAGCUGGGGCGCAAAGUGCCCGAGAGCCUGGCGCGGCCGCUGCGCGGGGAGGAGCACCCGGGUCGCGCAGCCGCCGCCGCCGAGCCUACUCGCGGCCCCGCUGCGGCCCCCAGCCGGCGCCGCGCCGCCGCCCUCGCGCGUCUGGAGACCAAACUUCGCCUCCUGAGGCAGGAGAUGAUUAAUCUCCGUGCCACUGAUGUGAAACUUAUGCGACAACUACUCAUCAUCAAUGAAAGUAUUGAAUCAAUCAAGUGGAUGAUUGAAGAGAAAGGCAUUGCCAGCAGAGGGAGCAGUUUGAGUGGCAGCCUGUGCAGCUUAUUGGAAAGUCAGGACACAUCCUUCCAUGGCAGCUGUAGCAGUUUACAGGACUGUAGUGAUGGUCUGGAUGGAAUAUCAGUGGGAAGUUACUUGGACACUUUAGUUGAUGAUGUUCCUGGUCACCAAACACCAUCUGAUGUAGACCAGUUCAGUGAUUCUUCUAUUAUGGAAGACUCACAUAAGCAUCCCAAAAUUGAUUCAGAUGAGUACUACUGUUUUGGUUAAUAAAAGCAAGUUCCAGUGGGACAUUCAUGCACUUGUAUUUAUCCUUUUUCUUUGCUGCUAUUUUAUUUCACAUGCAAAAAAUCCAAACUUCUCUUGGAAGAAAAAUAUACUAUUAUAUUUUGAUUCCACUUCAGAACUAUUUUGUUUCUUCUAACACAUUUCCUCCUCAAAAAGUUGUCUGCCUCUCUCCUCCUUGCCUUUUCUUUCUUUUAAUUUAUUGUUGCAAUUUUUCUUUUUGUUGCUUUUUUUUUUCUUCAUUACUAAUUACUAUAUUUACAAGUCUUUAAAAGUGGUGAAGGAGAAGCUUUAUCUUUAAAAUGAGACUUCAGGGGAUGACAGCAUCAAUUUUGUACUCGUUGGCAAUAAAAUAUAUUCUGAUAAAUAAAAA